UAAACAAGCUAACUCCCGCCAUUUACCACUGUGAGAGAAAUGGAGAUUUUGAGAGAGCAACCGAAGAGCCACUCAGAUGAAUCGUUCAAACUCGCGAUCGCAAUGGCACUCGUCCGAUCAAAGCUUCUCCACAAGCCUCCGGCAGCAACACCGGCUCCGCCUUCUUCCUCCACCGCCGCCGUUCCUCAACCUGCCGCCGCAGCUUCUUCUUCCUGCGCGCCUCUUUCUCAUUCCGAUGAUGCUGUUAAAUGGAAACAAAAAGCAAAAGAGCGUAAACGAGAAAUUCUCAGGCUCAAGGAGGAUCUCAAAGUAGCCGAAGAUGGUUCACAGUGUGAUAUAUUUCCAAAAAGUGCAUCAUGCAAGUGUUAUUUCUUUGAUAAGUUGGGAUUAUUGAGUCCUAAGAAAAUUGGAGCUGGUUCUGACCAACGGUUCAGUGAUGUGUUGCGGAGAAGAUUUCUCAGACAAGUAAGGAUUAAGGAGAGAAAGAGGAGAAGACCAGAUGAUUCCUUACUUCACCGCAUUUCAGAACAUGACAAUGAAAAUAAUGUUGAGCAACUGAGUGCUUCAGUUGAUUUUCUUUUGGAGCUUUGUGACACUAUUUCUCCUCAAAGUUUGGAGGAAGGUAAUUUUAAGAACUGGUGCCACCAAGCCGUGGACUUUAUUCUUGGUACACUGGCUACAAUGUCACCAACUGAAAGAAACAGAGAACCCGUGGAAGGCAUUAUCAACAGUUUAAUCAUGCGUUUAUUGAGAAGAAUGUGCAGUGCUUUGCAUAGAGAUGACUCUCAUCACUUUGACGCUGAUGUUCAGUUCUAUAUUCAACAUUUGAUGCGUAAGGUCGGAAAUGAGGCUUUUGUCGGCCAGCGUCUAAUAUUUGCAGUUUCUCAAAGGAUUUCUGCAAUGGCAGAAAGUUUGCUUUUCAUGGAUCCAUUUGAUGAUGCCUUUCCAAGUAUGCAUAAUUCUAUGUACAUGAUGAUUCAGCUUAUUGAAUUUCUGGUUUCAGAUUAUUUGUUAACCUGGUCAAAAGGUGGAGAUUUCGACAUAAGGCUUUUUGAAGAAUGGGUUGUAUCAAUUCUCCUCGGAAGAAAAGCAUUGGAACUUCUAGAAAACAGGAAUUCUCUUUAUGUCCUGUACAUAGAUCGUGUAAUCGGAGUUGUGGCCAAGCAAGUGGGACAGUUGUCAUUUCUGCAAAAGCUAAGCCCACAGAUUCUUGAGAACUUGUUUAGCUAAGCACUGAUCUGCAGCUUUUCCCUUGUGAACUGACAACUGACAAAGUGGCUUUAUAUUCAAAGGCAUCGACGGAAUUGUUGCUUUUGACGUGUAAGUUGUAAUACAUGUUACAAUUUCUCUCUUUUUAAUUAGCAAAUGGUAUUAUAAGA